AUGUUAGUAUACUUAAUGUCUUCAUCAAGGAAUGUUUCACAUGAAUGGUCUUUCAGGGGGGCACUGUUGAAUGUAUGAUAACGUUUGAAAGAUGAUAACAUUUGCAAAUAAUCCCUAUAACUCAUCUAUCUCUGUUUUUGUGUUCCUCCCCCAGGCUCCUAUGUAUGACUCUACCAUGGACCACAUGAUCUGGUGCCUGCUGGUCCUGGGAGCCACAGUGAUGACCACCAAUGCAUGCCCCAAGUACUGUGUGUGCCAGAAUCUGUCUGAAUCCCUGGGGACAUUGUGUCCCUCCAAAGGCCUUCUAUUCGUGCCUCCGGACAUUGACCAAGGCACGGUGGAGCUCCGUCUUGGAGGAAAUUACAUACUCCGCAUCACGCAACAGGACUUUGCCAAUAUGACUGACCUGGUAGACCUGACCCUGUCCAGAAACACCAUCAGUUACAUUCAGCCCUUCUCUUUUGGGGACUUAGAAACACUGCGCUCACUUCAUAUGGAUAACAAUCGCUUGGUGGAGAUGGGUCCCGAUGACCUGCGAGGCUUGGUCAACCUGCAGCACUUCAUCGUUAACAACAACCAGCUGAGACGCAUCCAUGACAAGGCCUUUGAGGACCUGGCACCCACCUUGGAGGAUCUGGAUCUCUCCUACAACAACCUGAUGUCCCUGCCCUGGGACUCAGUCCGACUGAUGAUCAACCUGCACCAGCUCAGUCUGGACCACAACCUGUUGGACUUUAUUCCAGAAGGAACCUUCACUGACCUGGAAAGACUUGCUAGAUUGGACUUGACCUCCAAUCGGUUGCAGAAGCUACCACCAGACCCCAUUUUUGCCCGAGCCCAGGACUCAAUGAUCCUGACCACACCCUACGCUCCCCAGCUGUCUCUCAGUCUAGGCGGGAACCCGUUGCACUGCAACUGUGAGAUGCUGUGGCUGCGGAGGCUUGAGAGAGACGAUGACUUGGAAACGUGUGCCUCGCCUUCUGCCCUGAAGGGUCGUUACUUUUGGAACGUGAAGGAGGAGGAGUUUCUGUGUCAGCCACCUCUUAUUACCCAGCACACCCACAGAAUGCUGGUGUUGGAGGGCCAGACUGCUAGCCUAAGGUGCGAAGCAACUGGCGACCCUGCUCCUACCAUCCACUGGAUCUCCCCCGAGGAUCGGCUGCUUGGAAACUCCUCCCGAACCGAGGUAUACAGCAAUGGAACCCUCAGCAUCACCAUCACCACCUCCAAGGACUUUGGCUCAUUUACUUGCAUUGCUGCUAAUGUGGCAGGGGAGUCCACCGCCUCUGUGGAGGUAUCCAUCGUUCAGCUCCCCCACCUCAGCAACGGCACUGGGCAGCCAUCAGCACCGAAGUCACGCCUCUCUGAUAUUACAGGGACCACAAGGAUCAGCAAAGGGGCACCAAAGAGCCAACCAGAGAGGACUGUGACCGUCUCUGAGGUGACAGCAGUUUCCGCGCUGGUCACUUGGACAGUGAGCAAAUCAUCUCCCAAGGUGAAGAUGUAUCAGCUCCAGUACAACUGCUCUGAUGAUGAGGUCCUGAUAUACAGGAUGAUCCCAGCAUCCAGCAAGGCUUUCUUGGUGACGAAUCUGAUGUCAGGGACUCGCUACGACCUGUGUGUGCUGGCCGCCUGGGACGACACGGCCACCACACUCACGGCCACCAAUGUUGUGGGCUGCGCCGACUUCCUCACUCAGGACGACUACGCCCAGUGCCGGUCCCUGCCCAGCCAGCUGCUGGGGGGCACUAUGAUCCUGGUGGUAGGGGGUAUCAUCGUCGCCACCCUGCUCGUGUUCAUCGUCAUCCUCAUGGUGCGCUAUAAAGCCACAGAUACUGACCCACCCCUAGGCAAGCUGUCAAGUUUCAGUGACACACACUCUCAAACCAAUGGGGGUCGAAUCGGUCCAAACGGAAUUCUCAUGCCGCUGCCUCAGCCUCAUCCUGAGCCCAAGGUCAAGGCCAAGGUGACUCUGCAGGACGAAGUGGUGGAGUUCAAGUGUGGCUCCCUUCAGAGCAGCCUCACCUCCUCUUCCUCGUCCUCGGGCUCCAUGGCGGGGGGCUCAUACAGCCCCAACAGCACACUCGCCAGUAUUUGGAGGUCAGCUAACCCCAAGCCCCGCACCAACCUGGACAACCUGCUCGGGGCGUUCAACUCGCUGGAGCUGAGGGGGGGGCAGGGCCGGGACCUGGGGGCCUCCAGUAGCGCUGCUCUGGCAACAAGGAAGCCCCACACGGACAGGGAGCCGCUGCUGGGCCGGACCCUGGACUCCAGCCUCAGCCGGCUCCUAAUGCUCCCGCUGGACUCCAGGCCAAAGAGGAGCCAGUCCUUCGACAUGGGCGACAUGACGGGGGGGGCCGCGUCCGCUCAGCUGCGCAACAAACCCCGCAGGAUCAGCAGCAUCUGGACUAAGAGGAGCCUGUCUGUGAACGGCAUGCUGCUGCAGUGCGAUGAGGAGGGGGACACGGGGGGGAGCAAGGGGACAAUAGACAGUGCUGACUGGGUGAUGGAGAGUACUGUGUAGGAGGGAUGGAGCGUCAAACACUGCCCAAUACACUAGGAACACUGAACAUGGACUUUGAUUAAAUGUAUGAUGUCAACAGAUUUCACAUUACGGAAUUAGG